AUGUCGAAGAAGACGAGAGUCCCAGAAGUCGCCGAUGAUUGCACGAAGACUGUUUAUCCCGAUCCGAUCCCCAUGCCAACUUGCCCGCAACUGAUCAAUGACGGAACAUCGUGCUUCCUCAAUAUCAUCCUCCAGAUGCUGAAAAGAGCCAAUUUCCACGAUCAUUUCAAAGGAGAUUGGCAGAAAGGAAAACAGAAGAUGUUGAUGCACAAGGAACUGCAACAAAUAUUCAACGGGAAACCAGGGCCGAAGGAUGUCAGUCGUUUGCGGGAGAUGUUCAGCAAUGAAGCACUCAAGGAUGGCCCCCAUCCACUCUUGGUUGCUUUGAAAUGUCUUAUCAAAAUGAGUGCUGUUUCUGACAACGAUGUAAUCAAGGAAAAAGGAGCACGUGAUAAGAUGUUCCAGAAACAAAGUGAUGAAUCUAAUAAAAUGUUUGCUGAACAUUUUAUUAAAACCCUGCUUGCCUGCAAAGGAAUGACUAAGAUUCGAACCAUGGACAUUUUUAGAUUGAUUCACAUUUGCAAAAAGAUCUUCACAGUUCAGAAAAGUAUGGUUGAGAUUGACGGUCCUGUUCGCAUCUGUGGGGAUCUUCACGGUCAAUAUCCCGAUUUGAUUCGUCUUUUUGCGCAGGGUGGUUUCCCACCAGACUCCAAUUAUCUUUUCCUUGGAGAUUACGUUGAUCGUGGGUCAUUUAAUCUGGAAGUGAUCCUACUUUGCUUGGCGUAUAAAGCCCGUUACCCCAAUAAUUUCAUGAUGCUACGUGGAAAUCACGAAGUUAUUCAUAUUAAUGAGAAAUAUGGGUUCAAGGAUGAGGUUUUUAAUCGAAAAGGGGAAUAUCACGACGAACUAUAUCCCGAAUUUAAUGAAAUGAUGGAUAUGAUGCCGCUGGUUGCAUUGGUUGGUGGAAGGAUUCUUUGCAUGCAUGGAGGACUGUCACAGCACAUCAAGUCACUGGAUGAUCUCAGAAAUUUGAGACGUCCGUUCCAUUCGGAAGACGAGUGCCUCGAAAAUGACAUCAUGUGGUCGGAUCCGGCAAAAGUGUCAGGCUGGACUGCCAAUCCACGUGGCGCAAGUGUUCAGUUUGGUGAGAACGAGGUGAAGGAGAUGUGCAAGCUUCUGGACAUUGAUUUGAUUGUUCGUGGACAUCAAGUUGUACAGGACGGAUAUGAGUUUUUUGCAGGAAAGAAACUUGUGACCGUCUUCUCCGCUCCUCAUUACAUGCAAUCGUUCACUAACAGCGCAGCGGUCUGCAAGGUUUCUGCUGGACUAGAAGUCUCAUUUGAAGUGCUGAAACCGGAGGACAUUAGGGUGGAGGAGAUUAAAUGCAGUGCAGAAUCUUCUUGUGCAUCCGAUAUGCAACAAUGA